UGGUGCCACCGCCACGUAAUUUUAUUUUUACAUUCUUUCUGUCUUAUUAAGUUUGGAAGAAGUAAAGCAAAGGAUUCAGCACAUGUAAGCUAUAAAUGCGUUGCAAAGUUGAGUUGUGUUUUAUAAUUUUUAUUGUAUUUUGAUACGGUAGUUCGGGAAAUUUGCCAUGGAGUCAGAGGCAUUCGGUAGCAGUUGCCGGUAUCACUACGAAGGCGCUGACUACAUUGGAAAAGGCACGUACGGAAUAGUCUACAAAGCAGUGGUUACAGAUGCGGGAGAUUUCACUGGAGAUACGAUCGUGGCCGUAAAGGUGGUCCAUUUGUACCGAAGAACAGAUUCAGCAGGUCAGUCGGUUUUUUCCGACUGGAUCAAGCGGCGUGGGAGAUUAAAUACCCUUCUUACCUUGCGACACGCAAACCUUGUGUCAUACCAUAAAGUAACUUUUUUCAACGCACCAGGAGGAGAUUAUGUCGAGCUACUGAUGGAUUACUACCAAGAUGGUGACCUGGCGUCAUCCAUAAAAAAACUAAAGGAGAACGAGCAAGUCCUGGAAUACAGACUGGCUCUGCGCUAUAUGACAGAAAUCGCUAGUGGACUCGACUAUCUGCACCACAAUAAUAUUAUCCACAGUGAUUUAAAGCCAGAGAAUGUUCUUAUCAAGAAAGCGGAGCAUGGCCGCGGCCCGCAGCAUAUUGCGAAUCGGCGAUCUGGAUGACCUAGUGGAAAUGCAGCGUAGUGUCACAUGUUCGGUAGACGUAACGCAUCUGCGAGGCACCACACAAUACAUGUCACCGGAAAUGGUCAAGAAAUUUGCGGGUGUGUCGAAUGAAAUCCCGGGAAGGAAAACGGAUAUUUGGAGUCUCGGUUGCAUUAUGCUCGAGCUAGCCAACUGUGCAAUGAAAUUACAGGACCUAUGGAUCCAAAAGAAUGGGAAAGUAGUCGAACCUGGAAAUAUGUUAAAUACGCGUUUCUUUACAAUGGUCAUUGAUGGAGGUGUGCCAUUUAUAGACAGUUCUUUGUCCGUUGAUUUGGCAUCUUGUAUUCAGGACUGCCUACGUCCGAAAAGUGAGAAGAGGAUAUCCGCCAAUGAACUAGUCUCCUACCUAUCUGCAACAAGGUUCCAUGGUGGAGUGAGACGACUGGAACAGGCGCUCAAUGUGGACACUCUUUCCGCAAAGCAUGUAGCUUUCUUUCAUUUUACCGCCGAUCCUGAUCGGUCGUGGCAUGUACGUUGCAACGUACCACUCGUGCACAGAGACUUGGUAUCGAUGCAGUGCUAUAAUGUAUGGACCAGCACUUUGAGUAAAACUUUGCUGCCUAGCCAUAUCCAUGGGAACUUCCUGUAUCCCUAUGUUGCCAUAGGUAAACAAGGAGUUAUCUGCCAAACUACCGAUUCUCACCUGGAAGGUGGCAGCGUUAAUACAUUUGUGUGGAAUACCGCAAAACAGACCUCACGGACUCUUUAUAUCUCGGAUUCUUCUAGUUUGUUCUACCAUCCGAUAACAGUGGAGAAUAUGCUUUAUUUCUGGGACCAACGAGCAGUAGACAUGGAUUUCAAAAGAGUCAACAUCUUGAACGGGAGAGUCGAGUCCAUAGCUGGACCAGAAGAUAAGCGACAGAUGGAUAGCAUAGUGUGUGGAGCACUGCUGGAUCAUAGAAUAAUCUAUAUAGCAGCAUCAGUAGCGUGGCCAACAAGGGAUUCAACACAAUUCCAUUGUUAUGAUACGUCAACGGGGGAGUGGAAAUGUUUGUAUGGGCUUCCUAACGAUCGAAUUGGGUGUGAAUUGAUAGCACUCCAAGGCAAAAUCUACAUGUUGGGUGGGGUUGCUGCCGGUACCCGCCAAAGAAUCUUAAAAACGUGCUAUAGAGUAUAGACUUGACAUGGAUACUCGUCGCUGGAAAAAAAUAGGUCCUCUACUGCAAGCGCGAUGCUUUCACUGUGCGUUCGCAAUGGAUGGCCAUAUAUACGUUUUUGGCGGUCGCGGCUGGGGAGGUACAGUGGUUAAAACAAUGGAAAGAUACGAUAUUGACAGUGAUCGAUGGUCGGAAGUGGACCUUCGAGUAGCAGAUUCUGAUCUCUGGCCGUUCCCGAUAUUUUCCGGCGCUUCUAGAUUUUCGCCAAAAUAUUUUCGCACAAGAAGCGCAAUACUGUAAACUGUUUCAAAGUAAUUUGAUCUAUUGUAGCAACUGCUCUGUGAGUUGAUUACAGUUAGCAAAGUACGUAUUUCCGAGGCAGGACACUAUUGUACGUAUGUUAGUUAAUGCAUAUUCUCAUCAUUCUGGCACAGAGAUUACAUAGUACAUGUGAUACUCGUAUAUGUAUAUGCUAAUGAGUGUGGAACAGUGUGACACUGUCACUGCAA